GCAGCAGGCCGGACGCAGUAGGCGGGCGGGAACGUGAAGUCUCCGCAGUGCCUGCUGGGUUUGCUUCGAGGAGGCUAGCGGUGCUUGCUGAAGGAAGGGUCCCUGGUUGAGCUGCUGUGGUCUCCGCCGCCUCAUGGCGGCGAUCGGGGUGCACUUGGGCUGCACAUCGGCCUGUGUGGCUGUCUACAAGGAUGGCCGGGCCGACGUGGUUGCGAACGAUGCGGGGGAUAGAGUCACGCCAGCUAUCGUUGCCUACUCGGAAAAUGAACAGGUUGUUGGUCUGGCAGCAAAACAAAGUAGAGUAAGAAAUAUCUCGAGCACAGUAGUGAAGGUGAAGCAGCUCCUUGGCAGAAGGUCUAUGGUGUUAAUGAAUGCCGGUGCUCCUUUACUCUUGGCCAUUUGUGUCAGUCACAAGCGCGCUGCCGAUCCACAAGCUCAGAAAUACAUCUCGGAGAGUAAAUGUUCAGUCACUGAGAAAAAUGGGAAAUUGCGAUAUGAAAUAGAUACUGGGGAAGAAACAAAAUUUGUUAAUCCGGAAGAUGUUGCCAGACUGAUAUUCAGUAAAAUGAAAGAAACAGCGCAUUCUGCCCUGGGCUCAGAUGCAAAUGAUGUAGUUAUUACCGUCCCAUUUGAUUUUGGAGAAAAGCAAAAAUCUGCUCUGGGGGAAGCAGCUGGAGCCGCUGGAUUUAAUGUGUUGCGACUAAUACAUGAGCCAUCUGCAGCUCUUCUUGCGUAUGGGAUUGGACAAGACUGCCCCACUGGGAAGAGCCAUGUCCUGGUAUUUAAGCUUGGAGGAGCAUCCUUAUCCCUCAGUGUCAUGGAGGUUAACAGUGGGAUGUAUCGCGUUCUUUCAGUGAACAGCAAUGAUAACGUAGGGGGCGCGCAUUUCACAGAAACUUUGGCGCAGUAUCUGGCUUCAGAGUUUCAAAGGUUGUUCAAACAUGAUGUGAGAAGAAAUGCCCGAGCCAUGAUGAAGUUGAUCAACAGUGCUGAAGUGGCCAAACAUUCUUUGUCAACCUUGGGAAGUGCGAAUUGUUUCGUAGAUUCAUUGUAUGAAGGUCAAGAUUUUGAUUGCAAUGUGUCCAGAGCAAGGUUUGAGCUGCUUUGUUCUCCACUUUUCAACAAAUGUAUAGAAGCCGUCCGAGAACUCCUACGUCAGAGUGGAUUCACAGCAGAUGAUAUUAACAAGGUUGUGCUGUGUGGCGGGUCUUCAAGAAUUCCAAGGCUGCAGCAGCUGAUUAAAGAUCUCUUCCCAGCUGUGGAGCUUCUCAACUCCAUCCCUCCAGAUGAGGUCAUCCCUAUUGGUGCAGCCAUAGAAGCUGGGAUUCUUGUUGGGAAAGAGAGCACUUUAGUGGAUGACUCUGUCAUGAUAGAGUGUUCAGCCAAGGAUAUUUUGGUUAAGGGGGUUGAUGAAUCCGGUGCCAACAGAUUCACAGUAGUGUUUCCAUCCGGGACUCCUCUGCCAGCCCGAAGACAGCACACCCUACAAGCCCCUGGCAGCAUAUCUUCCAUUUGCCUUGAACUCUAUGAGUCUGAGGGGAAGAACUCUGCUAAAGAGGAGACUAAGUUUGCACAGGUUGUGCUUCAGGAUUUAGAUAAAAAAGAAAACGGAUUACGUGAUAUAUUAGCUGUUCUUACUAUGAAAAGGGAUGGAUCUUUACAGGUGACAUGCACAGACCAAGAGACUGGAAAAUGUGAAGCCAUCACUGUUGAAGUUGCAUCGUAACUGUUUUAGAUAAACCAAGACUUUUUUAGAACCAUUGUAUCAACAUUAUUUGGUUUUGUGUAUAAGUGACGUUUAUAAUAAAAUGCUUUUUCAAUGAA